AUGGCUCGAGUCGUUGCGGCCGUCUGCGCGGCCCUCUUGGCGCAGGUCCACGCCCAAGGCUUCUUCGUGUGCCCGGCACCGUGCGAGGCCAUGUUUCUCCCGCAGGACAUGGAGUCGAACGAAGAUUGUAUGUGCUUUGGCGACGGCAAAGCCGCCGGCCUUGACAACAAGCUCUCCGUGCGCUUCCUCCUCAACCAGGCGAUGCCCAGCCUCUCGCGGACCUUUCGAUGCCCCGAUGGUGCUUUGGCCAAGGUCCUGCACCCCAAGGCGUUUGCCGAUUGCGAGUGCAAGCCCGGACUGCAACGCGACGAGGCUGGUGGUGCUUGUAUCGACGUAAUCACGUGUCGUGGCCGCUAUGUGCUCAAGUCUGGUCUUGUGCACGCGCGGUCGAUCGCAGACUGUGCGUGCCAAGAGCCCUACACGAAGGACGACGCAACGGGCGAAUGCUACUUGGACCACUGCCCGCGUGCGGCCAACUAUGUGAAAAAGACGUCGCUGGUGGGACCAGUCCACUCGCUGGUCGACUGCGAUUGCGCUGCGCCAUACACCAAGAACGCGCAGAGUGGCGAGUGCUUCCUACAUUUUUCGUGCCCAGCGCACGCGUCUCCGCCAAAGCAAGGCUACGCCAAGUCGGUCUCCGACUGCACGUGCGACUGGGGCUACGUGCGCAACCCGACGAGCAGCGAGAAGGCGGGGCCGAGUGACUACUGCGUGUCCGAGACGCCAACGUUCAUUUGCCCGCCGCACUCGCGUCCGAUGGCGUCGCUUUCGACGGCGCCCAGCAACUUUAUGCAGUGCGAGUGCGCAGUCGGGUUUGAGCGCGACGAAAAGCUCGAGAUGUGCAAGGAGCCGCUGAGCAACGGCAUCUUGCGCGGCGCGACGUCGCCCGUCGUUGCGUUUACCUGCCCUGAAUUCGCGGUCGCCAUGGCGCCGCACCCGUACUCGAUGCAGCAGUGCCAGUGCCUCCCGGGCUUCGUGCCCAACUACGGCAUGCAGUCGUGCGACUGGACCCCCGACUUUUACAAGUGUCCGCCACACGCGUUCAACCCGUACCCAUCGUUGCCAGCGCUGGACUUCAUGGACUGCCAAUGCGCCAAGGGCUACUUGCGCAACGACCGUAACAGCUCGUGCGAUGCCAAGCCGCCGCUCAACGAGAACGGCUGCCCAUUGCACGCAAUUGUUCUGCAAUGGCCCGUGCACGCCCCGAACUACGACUGCGCCUGCGUCCACGGACGCGUGUUGGAGCCGCCGUCGAUGCUGGGCGCCGAGUAUCAAGCGCUUUCGCAGCGCUUUGCCGGUGAGAACGGCAGCGACACGAUGGUGUGCAACGCGCCACCGCCAACGGCACCGUCGACGCUCUGCCCCACGAACGCCGUCAUCAACAACUGGCCUGUGACCAAGAUCAGCGAUUGCAGCUGUAAGUCGGGCUACGAUCUUCAGGUUGGUCCGGUGCCUGCGACCGCGCUGACGACGAUCAAGGCGCCCAACAGUGACAACAGCGGCAUGCUGUGCGUGCCCACGGUGGCAACGAACCGCCUGCCCGUGUGCGGUGCUGGCAUGGUGCGCAGUCCCAACGACAACUCGUGCCGGUACCUGGCCGAAGAUGUCUCGCUUGCAGUCAAGAAGGGCGGCAAGAUCGUCGUUAACGGCAACGAGCUGGACUACGUGCUUGUCGAGGACGACGUCAUGGUGACGCAAGGCGACAUUGCCGUGGGUAUUUCGUUUGGGUUCUUCGACACCCUCGACGAGAUGGACGACGAUUACCACUUCUACCUCCUGCACGGCUACUACAACAUGGAGAAGGACAACCGCUGGAAGAACGCCAAGAUGUGCUACACGGUGGAUCCCGGCAUCGCGAGCCGUCGCAGCGACUUGGUGGCGGUCAUGGACCACAUUACGUCGAACACGGGCUUUACCUUUCUCGAGUGCCACGAGUGGUACUGCGAUGACCACCUCAACGACUGCGACGACUUUGUCGAUUUCGUGCCCACGGCCGCGUCCUGCUACUCGUUCGUGGGGCGCGUUGGCGGUCGCCAGGCGCUCGGCGUCUCGAACGAUUGCGCCUUUGGCAACCUUGUGCACGUGCUCCUGCACGCGAUCGGUCUGCAUCACCCGCUUGUACGCCCCGACCGUGACGCGCACGUCGCGAUCGCGUGGGAGUGCGUCGACGCGACGAAGCGGUCGUACUUUGCGGUGGAGCACUUGGAGGCUAUCUACGGCGCGGGGGCCGUCGCGAUCGUCGGCGCUGAAGUGCCGUACGACUACUACAGCAUCAUGCACCACCGGUCGGACGCGUUCGUGAACGCUUCGGGAAGCAGCUGCAUGACCGUGAUUCCGCGGAUCGAAGACGUUUACGCCCGCCAAGAAGUGAUCAACGAGAUGGGCCAACGGGACAAGAUGUCGCUCACCGAUAUCCACUACGUCUGGGCCCUCUACCCCGAGUUGAAGGUUGGCCCGAAGAGCAACGUGACCCAGAUGGAGAACGGCGGCGCAGCGAUCGAGAUGGCGGUCGAGGCUGGGUCGUACCACGAGAGCCGGCUGCACACCAAGGCAGACGCGAUCGACAGCCACGGAGCGUCGACGUCCAACGUGGUCGGCGCCGUCGUCUGCGUCGUCGGGUUCCUCGCGAUGCUGGGCUUUGGCUUGGUCGAAAUGAAGCGCGUCGCCAAGCGCCAGGAUGAAAGUCUGUACUCGGACCCUCUCCUCUCGGACCCGAUUUACGACUAA